AUGGAGGGUUCUAACUUGAAAGGUUUGGUGGAUGAUGAAAUUGUCAUGAAGACGGGCAAGGCUGCAGGCAUCGGUUUAGCUGUUGGCACUGUGUAUGGUGCGCUAAAUUCUAUGCUGCAUGAUGGGCCUCAGGUUGGCAGUAAUGUCAAGUAUCCCCAGCUGAUCAGAACUACCAAGGUGUGUGGGCAUUGUGCAGCAAACUUAGCAGUUGUUGGAGCUACAUAUGUAGGCAUCGAGCAGGCUCUUGCAAGGUACAGGAUGAAGAAGGACAUCAUUAAUGGUGCUGCUGCUGGUGCUGUUUUGGGUUUCAGAGUUGGGAGCUUCCGGACAGCAUUCUUUUCAGGGUCUGCACUCGCUUUGACAUCUGUACUGCUGGAUGUCACCGGAAUGAAAACUACUGAUGAAGAAGAAAAAGGCAACCACUAG